UUUCCAUUUAAUGAGUCUGUAGAGGAAAAGGAGCGGAGGAUGGAUGGGAUGGUGGACUCGCAGAAUGUGCUGAAGCCCAGCAAAGCCGCCGACCCGAAGAAGAGGAAUGGCCUAAUUAAUACCAGGAACUUGAUGGCCGAGGGCAGGGACGGUUUGGUGUCUGUGUACCCAACCCCCCAGUAUCAGAGUCGGCCGACUGGCCCUCUCUACUCCCCAAGCUUCCCCAGGAAUGACCCGGUGCAGCAGCUCCUGGACCCCAACACUCUGCCCCAGGCGGUGGAGUCCCACUACCACCCGAACAUCAUCUUGUAUUCGGAGAGCAUGCUGCGGUCAUGGGGGGAGAGCCUCAGCGCGGAGUGCUGCGAAACCACCUUCAUCGAGAACAGGUCGCCGGCCAAAGACGGCUUGGAGUAUCCGGACGGCAAAUUUGUCAGCCUGUCCACGGACGAGAUCAAGAUCCACGCCCUCUCCUAUGACCUGGAUGAGGAUGACGACUUCCAGGAACUCGAGAGCGAUUACUCCAGCGACACAGACAGCGAAGACCACUUCCUCAUGAUGCCGCCCAGGGACCAUCUUGGCCUCAGUGUCUUCUCCAUGCUCUGUUGCUUCUGGCCAUUGGGAAUCGCUGCCUUCUAUUUGUCACAUGAGACAAACAAAGCCAUCGCUAAAGGAGACUUCCACCAAGCCAGCUCCAGUUCACGGCGCGCCCUCUUCUUGGCUGUACUGUCCAUCACGAUUGGGACAGGCAUCUACGUCGGGAUCGCUGUAGCUCUCAUCGCCUACCUGUCUAAAAACAAUCACUUAUGAACCUCAAGAAAAUGGACAGCACUAGAAAGCCAC